AUGAUUUUACCCAUAGAGGAGGAGCGGGUACGAUGUUUUGUACGUGGAUUGAGACCUUACCUGAGGUUGAGGACCGAGCACCUUAUUUCUGUGGGCCGCUCUUUUCUGGAUGUGGUGGAUCAUGCUCGUACGAUCGAGAUAAUUUAUCAUCAGGACCAAGAGGGUAGUGAUAAGAGACCUAGGCAUCAGAGUAGCUACAGUGGGUCCCAUUCUAGAGGCCAUGAUAGUUAUGAUAGGCCCAGGCCCCACCAGCGAUUCCAGCAGGAUAGGUAUCAGCAGGCUUCAGGAUGCUUUGAUUGUGGCUCACUGAAGCACAGGGCUAGGGAGUGUCCCAGCUGGGCUAGACCGUUGGUAGUAGCACCACCUCCACCAGGAGGUAUAGAUCGGGGUCACGGCCAUGGUGAUGGUCAGCAGGGUGUUCGGGGAGGUUCCCGGGGAGGCAGGUCAGGUAUUCCUUAUGAGUCACUUGAGGUCCCGUUACAUGUUUUGACCCUGGUAGGGGAUUCUUUAGUAGUGGAUCAGGGUAUUUAUAGCCGCUCACCAACUGGGAUCAUAUCCUUUAUGCGGGCUCGACGGCUAGUUGCAUCCAGACAGCUGAACAAGGUGACGGUGAAAAACUGUUACCCCGUACCUCGUAUCAAUGAUCUAUUCGAUCAGCUUCAGGGUGCGAUCAUGUUUUCUAAUAUUGACUUGAGGUCUGGCUACCAUCAGUUGCAGAUUAGAGCAGCCGACAUUCCUAAGACUGCUUUUUGA